GAAUAAACUCUGUACAUGUGUCGCAUCGAAGCCAAAAUCCGUGGGCGUUAAAGCUGAACCUACCAGCCUCGGCAUCUGAUCCGCAUCGAUAGUGAAGCUGUUUUCUCCUCGACUAAGCUUUAGCCUUGGCUUUUUCUCUAAGCUGCUUUGUUUUUCCUUUUACCACCCGUCUAUCGAUCCUCAUUUGAGGAAACAAACUUCGUCUUAGCGUUCUCUUCUAGCAUAUCUAACCUUUCCCUCUCUCAGAUGGCUUCAUCGGUUCUAAUCUGCGACAGCCAGCCAUGGAAGGACUUGAAGGCCCAUGUUGAGGACAUCAAGAAGACCCAUUUGCGCGAUUUGUUGAGCGACACUGAGCGAUGCAAGUCAAUGACGGUCGAGUUUGACGGAAUUGUGCUUGACUACUCACGGCAACAAGCCACUGUGCACACAGUGGAUAAGCUGUAUAACUUGGCAGAGGCAGCGCUUCUCAAGGAAAAGAUUCAUCGCAUGUUUAAUGGGGAACGUAUCAACAGCACAGAGGAUAGGUCAGUCCUUCAUGUAGCUCUUCGUGCUGCCAGAAAUGCAGUUAUAAACAGUGACGGCAAGAAUAUUGUACCAUAUGUUUGGAAUGUCCUUGACAAGAUCAAGGAGUUCUCUGAGAGGGUCCGCAAUGGUUCUUGGGUUGGAGCUACAGGGAAAGCACUGACAAAUGUUAUUGCCAUUGGUAUUGGUGGCAGCUUCUUAGGCCCUCUUUUCGUGCAUACCGCACUUCAAACAGAUUCUGAGGCUAGCCAAUGUGCGAAAGGCCGCCAGUUGCGAUUUCUUGCAAAUGUCGAUCCAAUUGAUGUUGCUAGAAAUAUUGCUGGCCUGAAUCCUGAAACUACCCUUGUUGUUGUGGUUUCUAAAACUUUUACUACUGCUGAAACUAUGCUGAAUGCACGGACAUUAAGGGCAUGGAUUUCAAAAGAACUUGGACCUUCUGCAGUAGCAAAGCAUAUGGUGGCAGUUAGCACAAAUCUUACGCUUGUAGAAAAGUUUGGAAUUGAUCCUAAUAAUGCUUUUGCAUUCUGGGACUGGGUUGGUGGCAGAUAUAGUGUUUGCAGUGCUGUUGGUGUAUUGCCUUUGUCUCUCCAAUAUGGUUUCUCUAUUGUUGAAAAGUUCUUGAAAGGAGCAUCAAGCAUUGAUCAACACUUUACUUCAGCAUCAUUUGAGAAAAAUAUUCCUGUACUUUUAGGUUUGCUGAGCGUAUGGAAUGUUUCGUUUCUUGAAUAUCCUGCCAGAGCCAUUUUACCUUAUUCCCAAGGCUUGGAGAAAUUGGCUCCACAUAUUCAACAGGUUAGCAUGGAAAGUAACGGCAAAGGGGUAUCUAUUGAUGGUGUUCCACUUCCCUUUGAGGCUGGGGAAAUUGAUUUUGGUGAACCAGGAACAAAUGGUCAGCACAGUUUCUAUCAACUAAUUCACCAGGGACGUGUAAUUCCCUGUGAUUUUAUUGGUGUUGUGAAGAGUCAGCAACCUGUAUACCUUGAAGGGGAGGUUGUGAAUAACCAUGAUGAACUCAUGUCUAACUUUUUUGCACAGGCAGAUGCUCUUGCUUAUGGAAAGACAGCUGAGCAGUUGCAAAAAGAGAAUGUCCAGCAGCAUCUAAUUCCUCACAAGACCUUCUCUGGCAAUAGACCUUCUCUCAGUAUUCUACUUUCAUCAUUGGAUGCUUACAAAGUUGGACAGUUAUUGGCAAUCUACGAACAUAGAGUAGCUGUGCAAGGCUUCAUAUGGGGAAUCAAUUCGUUUGACCAGUGGGGAGUUGAGUUAGGGAAGUCACUGGCUACGCAAGUUAGAAAGCAACUAAAUGCAUCUCGUACAAAGGGAGGACCAAUUGAGGGCUUUAACUUCAGCACUACAACAAUGCUCGCAAGAUACUUGAAGGAAAGCUCGGAUGUCCCAGCUAAUCCUCAGACUCUUCUACCUCGGAUAUGAUUCUGGAUACUACACACCGGCUCACUAUUUUGUCUGAUUAUCUGAAAGGUUGUUGGCUUCAUUUUCAGUUUAUCUAAAUAUUGCAGACGCAGCAUAUUGCUUACUUCUCUCCGAGUUGAGGAGACUUCUAAUGUUUUAUGAUCCUCUUUAACAAGAGCAUGGCUAUUAUAUGAGUAUACGCAUAAACUUCACAUGCACAAUAAUUAUCAUGGAGUGAAUUUCCAUGCAAGUUUUGUUCAUCAAUACCAAAUAAAAAGUGUGCUUCCAUUUUUUUUCUC